GUUCACAAGCUUUGUGCUUAAACAGCUCGCAGUCAUGGCUGCACAGCAGACCGUCAGGGAGCAGAGGGAGAGUUUGGAGCUCAGAUCUGACUGCGGGGGUCUUCUUUGGCGACUUCAAUGACUCAGGUUAAGAACUCUGGAGGGCGGAGGCGAAGAGGUCACUCCAGGCCUCCGUCCUCCAUGCCUGCCUCUCCAGGCUACACUCGACUGGAGCAGAAUGAGUCUAUGAACCCGUUGCGUAUCUCUGUAGGAGGCCUCCCCAUGCUGGCUUCCAUGGCCAACCCCACCGACCCCCGUUUCAGACUCAAGUGGCGGCCCAUCGUGGCUGUGACACUCUCCCUGGCUCUGGUUCUGCUGCUCUUAAUGCACUUCAGCUCAGGCCGCUCGUACGCCUCGCAGGGCUGGAGACCCUGCCGCGGAAGCUCUGUCAGAGACACUGAUUCACAGUACAACGACACUUACCCUCUGACUCCGCCAGAGCGUACGUCACUGGGGAUGCGCUACCGCAUCGGGGUCAUCGCUGACCUGGACACAAACUCUGCCAGCGAGAAGAAGCUGACGUGGUUCAGCUACAUGCGGAGGGGGUAUCUCCUGGUGUCACAGAGUGGAGAUAAGGUGGCUGUUGAGUGGGACACAGACAGGGUGGUUCUGGAGAGCCACCUGUCAGAGAAGGGGCGGGGCAUGGAGCUGUCUGACCUGGUGGUGUUCAAUGGCAAACUCUACUCUGUUGAUGACAGAACGGGCAUCAUCUACCACAUAGAUGGAGACAAGGCUGUGCCCUGGGUUAUAUUGACCGAUGGGGAUGGAAGUGUCGCCAAAGGGUUUAAAGCGGAGUGGCUGGCAGUAAAGGAUGAACAUUUGUACAUCGGUGGUCUUGGGAAGGAGUGGACGACCACCGAGGGCGAGUUUGUCAACAACAACCCAGAGUGGGUGAAAGUGGUAGGGUUCAGGGGCGAUGUGCAACAUGAGAACUGGGUUCCCCGGUAUAAAUCCAUGAAGCUAGCUGCAGGGAUCGAGCCACCAGGGUAUUUUAUUCAUGAGUCGGCCGCCUGGAGCGACUCCCUCCAGCGCUGGUUCUUCCUCCCUCGCCGCGCCAGCAAAGAACGCUACGAGGAGACGGCGGACGAGCGCCGCGGCACCAACCUUGUCCUGAGCUGCUCGCCGGACUUUAAAGACAUCAAAGUGAGCCAUGUGGGGCCACUUCUUCCCACUCACGGCUUCUCCUCGUUCAAGUUCAUCCCCAACACGGAUGACCAAAUCAUUUUAGCGCUCAAGUCUGAGGAAGACGCGGGAAAGAUUGCGACGUACAUCACAGCCUUUACACUUGACGGACGCAUUCUUUUGCCUGAAACUAAGAUUGGUGAUGAGAAAUAUGAAGGGUUAGAGUUCAUAUAGAGGGCUCGGAGAUGGAGAUCAUAGCUCUGGAGGCCAACGCACUGUGGUGCAAGUUUGUUUACAAUCCAGUCACUGCACACUUACUGCUACCCAGAAACCCAUCUCUCAUGUCUCUGAAAGGUUGUCUUGUGGGUUCUGGGAUUGUGUAAGACCGUUCCAGCAUUGUCAGCCAGUUUAGUGGGGGAUGGAUUUUGACAGUACUGUAACUUUUGUUUUAAUGAAUGUAUAGAAAUGAUUUAUGGAAAUGUUGUUUGGGUUCUUUUUUCUUUUAGUAAAUGAUGCACAUACUGACUAACGUUAUAUAUUUGUUUUCCUUUGCUCCGAUGUGAACACUCGACACAUGUAUUUUGUCUGAAUACAAUCUGAAGGAUGAUUUUUUUUUUUUUUCUUUUUUUUGAAAACUGAAAUUGUGCUCUAUGGGAUUUUUUUCUUUUGUUUAAGGACUGGAGGGGGCUCACAGUAAAAUAUUGGUUCCUA